AUGUCAUUUUCCCAGCGGCGCUGGGUAAUGCUGACUCUAUAUUGUGCGGUAAGCUUUAUCAAUGGUGUCGCCUUCUGUGCAUUAGAUCCUGUAGACCGCCUUGCAGAAGAGUACUACGGCGUCGGGACUUCUCUAGUAUCUCUUUUUGCUGUGAGUUUUGGUGCAAUGUAUCUUCCCCUCGCACCUUUUGCCUCCUGAGGACUUGGGAUUUCCUAUCACUGAUCUAUGAUGAUAUCAUGAAUUGUUACAUUUAUUGGCUGCUGGCUUAAAUAUUUAGCAUUUACCAACUACACCCUAGCCUGCAUAGGAAUAUUUUUAGUAGCCUCUGUCAAUGCUCCUAUCCUUGCUGGCUGUUCACCUUUAGCAGUCCGAUGGUUUCCUCGUAACGAAUGAGUCUUAUGCACCAGCAUUGCAAGUAUCAGCAAUUUUGUGGGGAUGGGCGCUUCCUUUAUCGCAAGUCCUUACCUAAAUGACAUGGAUUUGAUAAAUCUCUGACAUGCUAUUUUUUCAACGAUUUUUUUGGUACUAAAUGUAAUUUAUUCCAAAAAUGACCCAGAAUUUGAAAAAUCGACAGGGUUAAUUGAAGGGUUUAAGAAGGCUUUGAAAAAUAAAAUGAUUAUGUGGAUCGUCAUGUGCUCAAGUUCAGGGAUUGCAGCUAGUUAUACAGUUAUAGCGAUUUUAUUAGUAAUUUUAGAGCCAGAUGGGCUGAGUGCGAAACAGGUAGGAUGAAUAGGGUUUGAUAUGGUUAUGAUGGGAAUGCUUGGAGGGCUAAUAGCUACGUAUUUGGUCGCAAAUUAUAAUGCAAUUACGACACCGUUGAGGAUUUUUUUGGUAGGGUCGAUUUUGUCUACUAUAUUGUGGGCGUGCAUAAGGGCGAGUUUUUCGCUUUCGAUAAGUGGAGCUGCACUUCAUGGAGCUACGCUGAUUGGCCAUUUACCGCUUGGAAUAAGUGCUGCUGUUAUUGAAGAUAGGACUAUUGAAGAGUCGAUAACUACAAAUAUGAUUUUCUUUAUGCGGUAAUAAUAGAAUGGCUUAUAUACGGACCUCAAAAAAAAUUAUUAUUAUAGGGCUCACUUUUCAAAAUGAGCCUUUAUCCACAAUGCAAUAGCGAUGACACGUAGGGUAAUUAGGUGAAUAAAGGAAGAAAGGAGAAGACAUAUGGGUUUUAUUGUCUAGCACCCCAAGAUGGGUAACCCUUAGGUGGAAUAUGAGAUAAAGAUAGUCUCAGAGGGAUCAAAUGUGAUCAGUAAAAACUUUCAGGUUCUUUUGUUUCGUCUUCUGUAAUCCUGAUUAGUCAGGAUGGCUGAUGGCAUCAUCAACUUUCAAAGUAUUUAAAUAGUAUUCUAUUUGUACUCCUUCCAUUAAGCUAGGCCAAAACUAUUUAUGUACAAAUCACUAUUUUUACUAUAAAUUUAACUAAUUUAAGAGGGGUUAAUAUACCCAAAAAAUGGGAAAUUUUACCUAUAUAUUUUCCCAAUUUAAUUGGGUAAGUAAAAUAAUUUAUUAACUAAAUUUUCUUUAUGGCAAAUUUGCUUUGCACUAUUUACACUUACCCAGUCCAGUAUUAUUAUGAAAUCACAGAUUCUACAGGGCUAUGGGCAAUUGCUAUAUUAGUUUUAGUUAGUUUUCUGCCACUUAUUUUUAUAUAUAGAAGUCCAGUUGAGGAUAAAUCUAGUGUAAAACCAUCGGAAAAUUUAUUAUGUCUAAUUUCAUUAAUUUUUAUAUUACUAAAAUAAAUAUAUUCUACGCAUAAUAAGAUAUAUAAAAAUACUAUUUAAACCAAAUUUAUAUACAAAAUUAA